CCCGUAGCCGUGGGGGGGCGGGGCUCUAACGGCUUUUUCCUCUGCCGAGCGUCAACCCCAAACGGCGGAAAGUCACGUGAUGCGGCGUGGAACAAACAUGGCGACGCCGUGUUGAGGGAACAGCCCCCCCCCCCCACCUCCACCACCAGCGAAACUCGGCGGACUCGGGCUGGCGACCGAUAGGCGAGCCCUUUCAUGUCACCUGUGUUUCCGCGGAGCCGGGCCGAAGAUGACGGCCUGAGAGCGUAAGGUCGACCCCGGGUCCGUCGGAGAUGCAACAACCCCGGCCUUCGUCACAGCGGCAGUCGCACUUGAAGACGGAGAGCACGAAAACCAAGAGCAUGUUUCUGUCCCGGGCGCUGGAGAAAAUCCUCUCCGACAAGGAGGUGAGACGGAGCCAGCACAGCCAGCUGCGCAAAGCCUGCCAGGUGGCGCUCGAUGAAAUCAAAGAUGAGCUCGAGAAACAAAAAGAUGGUAUAGUGGUUGCACCCAGGGCCAACUACAUUGAGGCUGACAAAUAUGUCCUGCCCUUCGAGCUAGCCUGCCAGUCCAAGUCCCCACGGAUAGUUAGCACUUCCCUGGACUGUUUACAGAAGCUGAUCGCAUAUGGCCACAUCACGGGGAAUGCCCCGGAUAGCGGCGCCCCAGGCAAGAGGCUGAUUGACCGACUGGUGGAAACCAUCUGUAACUGUUUCCAGGGCCCUCAGACUGACGAGGGGGUCCAGCUACAGAUCAUCAAGGCCUUGCUGACGACCGUGACCUCCCCCCACAUAGAGAUCCACGAGGGCACCGUGCUGCUGACUGUCAGGACAUGUUACAACAUCUAUCUGGCGAGCCGCAACCUCAUCAACCAGACCACUGCGAAGGCCACGCUCACACAGAUGCUCAACGUUAUCUUCACACGCAUGGAGAACCAGGCCGCUCUGGAGGCUCAGGAGAUGGAGAAGACUCGUCUGCGUCUGCCCCAGCAGAACCCAUCCCCGAUCUCAAGUGGCCGCAGGUCUGGCUCCCCCCGGUCUGACCGGACCCCCACCCCAGAGCCUGACAGCUCCCCAUCCCCUUCCCCAGCAGCCAGCACUCCUGACCUCAAUGCCACAAGCAGCUCCACAUCUCCAGCCCAGGACCAGGACCAGAACCAGGCCCCUCACACACCAUCUAUCAAUGGGGAAUCGGAGGACAGCAAGGUUCCUGUGGAUGAAGGAGCGGUGACAGAACAGGCCACACUGUCUUCAGACUCAGUUUUUGAAGAUGACGGUACAGAGAUACUGCCUACAGCAAGCCAGCUGGAAGAGGAGGGGCAGAAACCAGAGAGUGAUCCAAAGCCAAUAGAGCAAGCAAUGACUGAUCCUGAGGAGAGAGAAGAGACAGCACAACCUCCAGCACAGAUACAAACUGGAUCAGGAGGAGAGCACCUAACCCAUCCUGUAGCUGAGCACACUGAUGUAGCUCCCGUCAGAGUCACAGCAGAGGGCCAACAGAUGAACGGCAUCAUAGAGGACCGGGCCUCUGUGUCCUCAACAGACAUGCUGGACACGGAGGCCCUCCAGGGAGCCCACCCUGCCACUCGUUUCUCUCACAUCCUUCAGAAAGAUGCCUUUCUAGUGUUCCGCUCGCUGUGCAAGCUCUCCAUGAAACCCCUUGCAGAUGGGCCUCCCGACCCAAAGUCUCAUGAGCUGCGUUCAAAGGUGGUGUCCCUGCAGCUGCUGCUAUCUGUGCUCCAGGGGGCCGGGCCAGUGUUCCGCACCCAUGAGAUGUUCGUCAACGCCAUCAAGCAAUACCUGUGCGUAGCACUAUCUAAGAAUGGCGUCUCCUCUGUGCCUGAGGUCUUCGAGCUCUCCUUGGCCAUCUUCCUCACGUUACUCUCACACUUCAAGGUCCACCUCAAGAUGCAGAUUGAGGUGUUUUUUAGAGAGAUUUUUCUGACUAUUCUGGAGACGGCCUCUAGCUCCUUCGAACAUAAGUGGAUGGUUAUUCAGACCCUCACACGCAUCUGUGCAGAUGCCCAGUGCGUAGUGGACAUCUACGUUAACUAUGACUGUGACCUUAAUGCUGCCAAUAUCUUUGAACGUCUGGUCAAUGACCUGUCUAAGAUCGCCCAGGGCAGGAGCGGUCAGGAGCUGGGGAUGACCCCUCUGCAGGAGCUAAGUCUGCGUAAGAAAGGUCUAGAGUGUUUAGUGUCCAUCCUUAAAUGUAUGGUUGAGUGGAGCAAAGACAUGUAUGUCAACCCAAACCUGCAGGCUAACCUGGGCCAGGAGCGUUCAUCAGACACAGAGGGGGGUGAACUGAAGCUCCCGGAGAACUUGGUGGGGCGUCGAGACAGCGUCAGCUCCCUGGACUCCACCGUGUCGUCCAGCAUGCCAUCCUCCCAUCCAGACCACCCGGAGCAGUACGAAGUCAUCAAACAGCAGAAGGACAUCAUCGAGCAUGGCAUCGAAAUGUUCAACAAGAAGCCAAAGCGAGGCAUCCAGUACCUGCAGGACCAGGGCAUGCUGGGUACCAAAGCCGAAGACAUCGCCCAGUUCCUUCACCAGGAAGAGAGACUAGACACGACCCAGGUGGGGGAGUUCCUGGGUGAAAAUAUCAAAUUCAACAAAGAGGUGAUGUACUGCUACGUGGACCAGCUGGACUUUUGUGGCCGGGAUUUUGUCUCGGCACUCAGAGCCUUCCUGGAGGGCUUCAGGCUGCCAGGAGAGGCACAGAAGAUCGACAGGCUCAUGGAGAAGUUUGCUGCACGAUACCUGGAGUGUAACCAGGGACAGACCCCUUUUGCAAGCGCAGACACUGCUUAUGUGCUGGCUUACUCUAUCAUUAUGCUCACCACAGACUUGCACAGCCCUCAGGUGAAGAAUAAAAUGACAAAGGAGCAGUAUAUCAAAAUGAACCGCGGUAUCAAUGACAGCAAGGACUUGCCCGAGGAGUACCUCUCGUCCAUAUAUGACGAGAUUGCGGGUAAAAAGAUCGCCAUGAAGGAGAGCAAGGAGUAUUCGAUCACUCCGAAGUCCAGCAAGCAGAGUGUAGCCAGUGAGAAGCAGCGUCGCUUAUUAUACAACAUGGAGAUGGAGCAGAUGGCAAAAACGGCUAAAGCUCUGAUGGAGGCCGUCAGCCACGCCCAGGCCCCCUUCUUCAGUGCUACACAUCUGGAGCAUGUCAGACCCAUGUUCAAGCUGGCAUGGACGCCCUUGUUGGCAGCAUUCAGUGUGGGACUGCAGGACUGUGAUGACCCAGAGGUGGCCUCCCUGUGUCUGGAAGGCAUUCGGUGUGCCAUCAGGAUUGCCUGCAUCUUCAGCAUGCAGUUGGAGCGGGAUGCUUACGUGCAAGCCCUGGCCAGAUUCACUCUGCUGACGGCCAGUUCCAGUAUCACGGAGAUGAAGCAGAAGAACAUUGACACCAUCAAGACCCUUAUCACUGUGGCCCACACUGAUGGAAACUACCUGGGCAACUCCUGGCAUGAAAUCCUGAGGUGUAUCAGCCAGCUGGAGCUUGCCCAGCUGAUAGGUACGGGGGUGAAGACACGCUACAUCUCAGGGGUGGUCCGAGACAGAGAGUCCGGAAUGAAGGGCUUCCCUGCUGGGACAGAGGAGUUCAUGCCCCUAGGACUGGGUACCCUGGUGGGAGGCCAGGACAAGAAACAGAUGGCUUACAUCCAGGAGUCGGUAGGAGAGACCAGCUCUCAGAGUGUGGUGGUGGCUGUAGACAGGAUCUUCACUGGUUCCACCAGGCUAGAUGGAAAUGCAAUUGUGGACUUUGUGCGGUGGCUGUGCGCAGUAUCCAUGGAUGAGCUGGCCUCGGCCCACCAGCCCAGGAUGUUCAGCUUACAGAAGAUAGUGGAGAUCUCCUACUACAACAUGAACCGCAUCAGGCUACAGUGGUCUCGCAUCUGGCAGGUCAUUGGGGACCACUUCAACAAGGUGGGCUGUAACCCGAACGAAGAUGUAGCCAUCUUCGCCGUGGACUCUCUGAGGCAGCUGUCCAUGAAGUUCCUGGAGAAAGGAGAGCUGGCCAACUUCCGCUUCCAGAAGGACUUCCUCAGACCCUUUGAACACAUCAUGAAGAAGAACAGGUCCCCCACGAUCAGAGACAUGGUGAUCAGGUGUGUGGCCCAGAUGGUGAACUCUCAGGCAGCCAACAUUCGCUCUGGCUGGAAGAACAUCUUCUCAGUGUUCCACCAAGCCGCCUCCGACCACGAUGAGACUAUAGUGGAGCUGGCUUUCCAAACCACCGGGCUCAUAAUCAUGAACACCUUCCAGCAGCACUUCGCAGCAGCCAUCGACUCGUUCCAGGAUGCCGUCAAGUGCCUGUCGGAGUUUGUUUGCAACGCCGCCUUCCCCGAUACCAGCAUGGAGGCCAUCAGGCUGAUAAGGCGCUGCGCUAAAUACGUCUCCGAUAGGCCACAGGCCCUGAGGGAGUACACCAGCGAUGACAUGAAUGUUGCGCCUGGUGACCGUGUGUGGGUUCGAGGCUGGUUUCCCAUCCUGUUUGAGCUUUCCUGUAUCAUCAACCGCUGCAAACUGGACGUCAGGACCAGGGGUCUGACGGUGAUGUUCGAGAUCAUGAAGAGUUACGGUCACACUUUUGAGAAGCACUGGUGGCACGACCUCUUCAGGAUUGUCUUUCGAAUCUUUGACAAUAUGAAGCUUCCCGAGCAGCAGACAGAGAAAACGGAGUGGAUGACGACAACGUGCAACCACGCGCUGUACGCCAUCUGUGACGUCUUCACGCAGUUCUACGAGCCCCUCAGUGAGGUCCUGUUGGCAGACAUUUUCACACAGCUGCAAUGGUGUGUCAGACAAGACAAUGAGCAGCUGGCGCGGUCGGGUACAAACUGCCUGGAGAACCUUGUGAUUCUGAACGGGGAGAAGUUCAGCCCCGAUGUGUGGAACGUCACCUGCUCCUGCAUGCUGGAAAUCUUCCAGAACACCAGCCCACACGCUUUGUUGACUUGGCGACCAGCUGGACAGGAAGAGGAAUCUGCUGAUGGCAAGCAUACAGAUGCAGAUUACGACAGCCUGUCCCAGAGCAGCUAUGACAGAGCCCUGUCGGAGAGAGGACACAGCCAGAUGUCCAGCGAUGACACAUGGAAGGGCAAGUCCAAUGCUCGAGUGACGGACCAGAAGCUGUUUGCAGGGCUGCUGAUCAAGUGUGUGGUACAGCUGGAGCUGAUCCAGACCAUAGACAACAUUGUCUUCUAUCCAGCCACCAGCAAAAAAGAGGAUGCGGAGAACAUGGCGGCAGCACAGAGAGAUACUUUUGAGGAGUCUGAGGCAGAUGGGGGGGUUGCGAGCUCAGAACAGGGCAUGUACAGGUACCUCACCUCCCAGCACCUGUUCAAGCUGCUUGACUGUCUGCUGGAGUCGCACACCUUCGCCAAGGAUUUCAACUCCAACAAUGAGCAGAGGACAGCACUCUGGAGGGCCGGGUUCAAAGGUAAAUCAAAGCCCAACCUGUUGAAGCAGGAGACCAGCAGUCUGGCCUGCAGCCUGCGGAUCCUGUUCAGGAUGUACUCUGACCCACAGCUGCAGGACUCCUGGCCUGACAUCCAGACACGGCUGCUGCUGGUGUGCAGUGAAGCGCUGGCUUACUUCAUCAGCCUGACCUCCGAAAGCCACCGAGAGGCCUGGACCAGCCUGCUCAUGCUGCUGCUCACCAGGACACUGCGGCUUCCUGAUGACAAGUUCAAGCCCCACGUGUCCUGCUAUUACCCCCACCUCUGUGAGAUGAUGCAGUUUGACCUAAUCCCUGAGCUGCGGGCCGUGCUGAGGCGUUUCUUCCUGCGCAUUGGCUCCGUCUUCCACAUCGCUGCCCCCGAGAUGGGGCUGCCCUCUCGGAUGUCGGCGUCCUAGGAUGGAGGGGCGCGU